AUGAGCACCAGAACAACGUCCGUAAAUAACCCUGGAAAGUACAAAGUUACAAACCUUUAUUCGUACUUCGUUGAGAAGCAGUUAGCUCCAUCGAGUGAGAAUCCCUCAUAUGUUGUGUGUCCAGUCAUGGUUGAAAAAAUGAAGGUGUAUUCGAUGAAGUCAGGGAGUUUUAAACUUAGUUACGUGAACACAAUUGAUCCUCCCAAGAGAAGUCAACCUGACUACAUGUACACGAUAGCUUCCUUCAAUAGAUUUAUAUGUUGUAUUAAUCGCCUCACUGACGAAGACGAGGAGAUAGGAAAAAUGUCAUGUGAUCUGCAGAUUUGGAUAGUUAACACUUGUAUGGGGGAGACUGUUCUUCUUCCCAAAGGGAAAACACCCUCGUUUGACUUUGUGCCAAAUGUUGGAGUAGCUUAUCUCGGGAGCGACUACAAAGUUUUCCGCAUCUUCUGUGCUAGUAAAGACUUGGAAGAGUAUCGUUUUGAAUGUGAGGUGUAUUUGUCAAGCACUGGUUCUUGGAGAAAUAUCAACACUGUGCCUUGUGUUCCCUAUGGGUAUUCUAACUCCAUUCAAAUCUCGUCAUGUUUUUGUCAGAGGAAAGAUCUACUAGUUGUCUUCCUUGGAUGCUCUGGGUGA